CCAACUUUGACCUGAUACGCAGCGCCUUCAACUUACCAGUCUUCAGUCAAAUCCCGGACCCCAACUUGACAUCAUGGCCGAUAGCUGGGACAGUUAUAACUAUACCGUCGCCAGCCAAAGCUCCCCCCAGCUUCCGGACACAUGGAAGAUCGCACCCCUGGACGUCCUCAACGGUGACAUCGACGCAAUAGCAAAGUGUCCAAAGACAUCUACAACCUUCAUCGCCUUUGCCAUCUCCAACGUCAUCGUCACCGUUGUCGGCAUUCUUCUAGGUUGUCGGCCUAUAAUUCACAAACUGUCCUGCCAUGUCCUUGGAAAACGGGGAAAGCAGAACACGAUUCUGUAUAACUGGAUAUUUCCGCUCGCACUGCAUGUCGGCGCCAAUGCCCUUGUUGGAGUGGUCAUUCACAAUACCCCAGGAUAUGAGAAUGUUAAAGUCCAGGAUGCGAUGAUGAUUUACUUCGUUCGGCCGCGGAUCUCGGUGCUCGCAUUGGCGACUAUGAGUUGUUUCUUCAUGUCCCGCGAGGAUUAUCCGUGGAUGUAUGCCCUUCUAGCUAAUACGAUUGCGGAGUUUAUUCUCCAGGUUAUUGCAGACAUAUGGGUUAUCUACACAGGCAUCAAUCGCUGGAACACAACAGCCCUCGGCAUUGCGGCCGCAAUGUGCAUAUCCACAGGUCUUUUUUUCAUCGUGGCUCUGCUCAUCGUCAUCGCAUCGCGGCCGUACGACUCAACUGGUGGACAAGUCUUUCACAUAGACUAUGCCGCCGGCUUUAAGGUCUCGAAUUCAUUUGGGAAUAGGUUUUGCAAUUGGUUCGCUAUGAUGAUGUUUGGAGUCCCGUCAUAUCUUAUAAGCUGGGGGUUUUUCACCAGCUUGAUUACUACAGCGAAGACCGAAUGGUGUCCGCCCAAGCUUGCCGCUCAAGUUGCGAUAUGGGUGUUGUUUCCUCUUCUCGGGACUAUAUUCGGUGUCGCAGUCUGUUAA